AUGGGGCAUUUGAAACAUUUUGUAGCCUUCAAAAUUUGUGCAAAAUUUGUACUGAACCGCCUUAAUUCAUCAAAACUUGUUUCUUACGACUCAAGCGCUGAUUCUGGCGCUUCAAGCGCCAAGUUGCUCAAAUCCGCGUUGUUUUGGGUUCUGGCUCUUCAGGUGUCGAGUCUGGCACUUCAAGUGCCGGCUCUCUGUAAAAUGGCGCUUCAGGCGCCAACUCUCUGGGCUUCUUUCUAUACAACUUUUCAUCGGAAAUUGAUGUGGGACUAUGUUGGAGGUGACUUUGGAAAAGUAUAUCUGACAGAUGGAGAAGCUCUGAACGUAGUAGGAAUGGGAGAUAUUGACAUUGCACUUUCAUACAAGAACAAGUGGACUUUGAAAAAGGUCAGACACAUUCCUGAACUGAAGAAGAACCUUAUUUCUAUUGACAGCUUGAUGAACGUGGACAUUCAAGAGCACAACAGAGAUGUGACAUUACAGACUUGGCCACAUGAGUCAAAGAGGUAUGCAGGAACUUCAGUCCAGAGGGAAGCUACCAGAACUGAAGCAGUUGAUCAUGGCAUCUAUGAGAGUUGCAUUAUGGGGAAGCAGAGAAAGGUCAGUUUCUUGAAUGGUGGCAGGAUGUCAAAGGUAAGAAAGCUGGAUCUAGUACACACAGAUGUGUGGGGAACUUCUCCAGUAGCAUCUCUUGGAGGCUCUCAUUACCACAUCUCAUUUAUUGAUGAUCAUAGCAUAAAGACUUGGAAGACCAUGGUUGAGACAGAGACAUGCUUAAAGCUGAAAUGUCUGAGGUCUGAUAAUGAAGGUGAGUACAUUGAUGGUGGGUUCAAGGAGUACUGUGCAGCUCAGGGAAUCAGAAUGGAGAAGACCACUCCAGGAACACCACAGCAAAAUGGUGUUGCAGAGCGCAUGAACAGGACCAUUAAUGAGCGAGCUAGAAGCAUGAGAUUGCACGCCGGACUACCACCUACUUUCUGGGUAGAAGCGAACUCUCCUCCCGUUUCUGCCUCUCUCAUUCGCAAAAUAGAAGCUCAGUCUCCGUUGCUUGUGAAACCAGAAGGCUUCCCUCCCGACAAUCCGUCUCUCGCGAAACAGGAACUCCUCUUCCGUCUCUGCCCACGCCUUCUUCAGUUGGUGAAAGAUUCUUCUUGUGCUUGGCAGAAGGAAGAAGAAGAAGUUGAAGAGAAUGACCAUCCCAUAGAAGAAGUGAGGCUUACAGUUGAUCCAUCAGACAAUCCAAGUCUCCCUGUUCUCACAAUUCGGACAUGGAUACUCGGUGUGAUCUCAUGCAUCUUGCUCUCUUUUGUGAACAUGUUCUUUGCAUACAGAACAAACCCAUUAGGCAUUGGUUCAGUUUGUGCCCAAAUUAUCACACUGCCCAUUGGGAGAUUUCUAGCAAAAUCUCUCCCCAAAAAGGUUGUAAAGGUCCCUAUCAUGAAUUGGUCCUUCUCGCUCAAUCCAGGACCAUUUUCAAUGAAGGAGCACUGCCUCAUUACCAUUUUUGCCGGUGCAGGAGCAGGCGGUCUCUAUGCCAUUCACAUUGUAACUAUUGUUAAGGCUUUCUACCAUAGAGAGAUUCAUCCACUGACAGGCUUUUUAUUAGCACAAACGACACAGUUGCUUGGUUAUGGCUGGGCUGGCAUCUAUAAAAAAUACCUAGUUGAUUCUCCAUACAUGUGGUGGCCUUCCAAUCUUGUUCAAGUGUCCCUCUUCAAGGUUCUACAUAAGAAGGAGAGAAGAAAAAAGGGAAGCCAAACAAGACUUCAGUUCUUCUUGCUAGUCUUCAUCUCAAGUUUUGCAUAUUAUGCAGUACCUGGGUUCCUCUUUCCAGCCCUCUCAUGCAUCUCAAUGCUUUGCUUGAUUUUUAAGAAAUCCAUAACAGCUCAUCAAAUUGGAUCUGGAUUGAAAGGAUUAGGUCUUGCUUCCUUUGGCCUUGACUGGUCUGUUGUUGUUGGUUUUCUAGGUAGCCCAUUGGCCACACCUGCCACAGCAAUUUUUAAUAUAAUGGUCAGCUUUAUCUUGACAGUUUAUGUCAUUCUACCAAUUGGAUAUUGGACCAAUACUUAUAAUGCUAAACACUUCCCAAUUAUGUCUCCACAUGUCUUUGAUUAUACUGGUCGUAGCUUCAAUACCACACGAAUCAUAAAUGAGGGAAGCUUCACAUUAAAUGCUGAAGAACUAGAGAACUAUAGCAAGAUCAACUUGAGUAUGAUGUUUAUUUUAACAUAUGGCUUGGGAUUUGCGAGCUUAACGUCUUCAAUCAUGCAUGUCGCUCUACAUCAUGGAAAAGACAUUUGGACGAUGUGGAGAAAUAGCAAAGAAUAUGCAAAUGAAAAGAUAGAGGAUGUUCACACAAGACUAAUGAAGAACUACGAGUCUGUGCCUCAAUGGUGGUUCUAUGCUCUUCUAAUAGUAGUGAUUCCAACAUCCAUAUAUACAUGUGUUGGAUUCGAUAAGAAACUACAACUUCCUUGGUGGGGAGUAUUAUUAGCAUGUGUAAUGGCCCUAAUAUUCACAUUACCAAUUGGAGUGAUUGUGGCAACCACAAAUCAGGGAACCGCUCUCAAUCUCAUUACAGAGUACAUCAUUGGUUUGAUGCUACCAGGAAACCCUUUAGCCAAUGUGACAUUCAAAACAUAUGGCACUAUUAGCAUGUCUCAAGCAUUCACACUUCUAAGUGAUCUAAAUCUUGGGCAUUACAUGAAGAUCCCUCCAAAAUCAAUGUUUAUUGCUCAGUUAACAGGAACGAUUAUAGCAUCUACAGUCUACUUUGCAACAGCAUGGACACUUCUUGAGAGCAUCAAUAAUAUAUGUGAUCCAAGUCUGCUUCCUUCAGACAGUCCAUGGACAUGUCCUGGAGAUGAUGUCUUCUAUAAUGCAUCCAUUAUUUGGGGUCUAGUAGGUCCUAUGAGAAUGUUUGGAAAACUUGGGAACUACUCAGCCUUAAACUUAUUUUUCUUAUUUGGAUUUUUACUUCCCAUUCCCUUUUGGUUCCUCAGUAAGGCUUUUCCUGAAAAUAAGGUGCUAAAAUACAUCCAUAUUCCACUAAUAAUAUCAGGUGCAGGAGCCAUUCCACCAGCUCACACUGUGAAUUAUAUAAUGUGGGGAAUAGUGGGAAUUUUUUUCAACCAUUAUAUUUACAAAAGCUACAAGAAAUGGUGGGGAAAUUAUACUUAUGUCAUGUCAGCGGCAUUGGAUGCUGGAGUGGCUUUUAUGGGAGUUAUAUUAUUUGCGGCUUUGCAAGCACAUGACAUUGGUGGGAUAAAUUGGUGGGGAGGUGUUGGGGGAGAUUAUUGUAACCUUGCUAGUUGCCCUACAGCACCUGGAGUGGUAGCUCCUAAUUGCCCAAUUCAUUAG